GCACAGACCGGAAGUUCUCGGUGUCAUGGAUGUCAUGGCGGCCCGGAAUUGUGGCUGUCCGCUGGAUUUGGGCUGGAUAUCCAGAGUCCGUGUGAACCAACCUGCUGUUGUGAGACGUGCAGAGCAGCUCCAGACAAGGCGAAAUUUGAGCAAGGAGUGGCAAGCUGCAUGGCUGCUGAAGGCUGUCACCUGUAUUGACCUCACCACACUGUCUGGUGAUGACACAACUUCAAAUGUCCAGAGACUCUGCUACAAAGCCAAGCACCCCAUCAGAGAAGACCUGCUGAAGAGUCUGAACAUGGAUAACGAAGGUAUUACCACUGCUGCAGUGUGUGUUUACCCAUCUCGGGUGUCUGAUGCAGUACAAACAUUAAAGAGUAUUGAGUGUAAUAUCCCUGUUGCCUCAGUGGCUACUGGUUUUCCUGCUGGGCAGACACCACUGGCGAUACGUUUGCAGGAGAUAAAAAUGGCUGUUGCAGAAGGUGCUAGAGAAAUUGACAUUGUAAUUAACAGAACCUUGGUGCUGAAAGGCCAGUGGGAAGAAUUGUAUAACGAGAUUCAACAAUGCCAUGAUGCUUGUGGGGAAGCCCAUAUGAAGACUAUACUCGGAACAGGAGAACUGGGAUCAUUAACAAACAUCUACAAGGCUAGUCUUGUAGCUAUGAUGGCAGGUUCUGACUUUAUUAAAACCUCUACAGGAAAAGAAGGGGUAAAUGCAACAUUCCCAGUUGCCCUAGUGAUGGUGCGGGCCAUCAGAGAGUAUUAUUCAAAGACCGGUUACAAGGUUGGGUUUAAACCAGCAGGUGGUAUCCGCAGUGCGAAGGAUGCAUUGACCUGGCUGUCACUAAUCAAAGAAGAGCUGGGCAACAGCUGGCUAAAGCCAAAAUGGUUCCGACUGGGUGCCAGCACUUUGCUUACUGAUAUUGAAAGACAGAUUUAUCAUCAUGUGACAGGGAGGUAUGCAGCAGCUCAUGAAUUGCCAAUGGCUUAAAAGACUGCAUGCGACUGUCAGCUGAAGAAACAGGUCUGAUUUUUAAUCACGAAGAGUGCUCCACCUCUGUAUUACUUUUGCUGGAACUUUGGAAAUGAACGUCUUUUUUUCUUUCAGAUCACAAAGAAUUUAACAUUUACUCACUCAACUUUAAUGCAUUCCAAUAUUCUUAAAUAUAAA